CUUGCAACUAUCCUGGCCACAACAUCUGGUUCCAGAUUAACAAAAGCACCAAUUACCCCUAUUAUCUAUCUUUGAUGUUGCUGUACCAAGGAGGCCAAAGAGAUGUAGUGGCUGUAGAACUUUCCCAGGAGAGAACUUCUGAUUGGAAAGCAAUGCGGAGGAGUUAUGGGGCUGUGUGGGACAUAGUAACGGCACCUGCAGAGUGCAAUCUGGCUCUCCGAUUUCAACUGUCAGGGGGAGAAUGGAUUUAUGCUCAGAAUCCUAUUCCCUCACAUUGGAAAGCUGGCGAUGUUUAUGAUGCUGGCGUUCAGCUCAAAUACUGAUCAUUAUUAUAAGUACGUAACUUGGUGGCAUUUAAUUUAAAUAAAUUCAUGCAGGGAGAUUUAUUGUAUUUCUCUCUUCUUGCACUUGCCCCCAAAACAUGUCUUACCAAUCUUAAAUAAAUAUUCACGUGUAGCAACAAUGUAUUAUGGACUGAGUUGUUAAUGCGUGCAAUAAAAAUAAUAUUAAAUUUGAUUGUA